AUGCUGCUGAAGUUCUUGCUGUUGAUCUGUGCUCCACUCUGUGAACCAACUGUGGUGUCUCUGACCGCCAGCCCCUCUCAGCCCGUGGAGGGGAACUUAGUGACCCUGACGUGUACGGUCCAGCUCCCACCACAGAAGUCGGACGCCCAGCACCUGUUCAGUUUCUACAAAGAUGGCCACACCCUGGGGCCAGGAUGGACCAGCUCCUCAGAGCUCCAGAUCACUGCCAUAUGGAAAGCAAGCUCAGAGUCCUACUGGUGUAAAGUAAGGAUAGAGAGAUCCAGUAAACCCCUGUGGAGCAAGCGUGUCCAGAUACGUGUGCGGAGAAUCCAUGUCUCUAAUGUGAGUUUGGAGAUUCAACCUCCAGAGGGACACGUUGUAGAGGGAGAGAAGCUGGUUCUCAUCUGCUCAGUCCCUGAGGGCACAGGAGACAUCACCUUCUUCUGGUACAAAGGGAGCCUGGGUUUAAACAUGGGAAAAAAGACUCAGCGUUCACUGAGAGUGAAGUUCGAGAUCCCUGCAGUGAGAGAGAGUGACACUGACCAGUAUUAUUGUGCAGCGGACAAUGGCCAGGGCCCCCGCCUCAGUGAGCUGGUGAGCAUCACCGUCAAAAUUCCAGUGUCCCACCCUGUGCUCACUCUCCGGGCCCCCGCCCAGGCCAUGGUGGGGGAUGUGGUCGAGCUUCACUGUGAGGCCCAGAGGGGGUCUCCCCCGAUCCUGUACUGGUUUUAUCAUGAAGAUGUCACCCUGGGGAGCAGUUCGGCUUUCUCUGGAGGAGGAGCGUCCUUCAACCUCUCCCUGACCGCAGAACAUUCUGGAAACUACUCCUGUGAGGCUGACAAUGGCCUGGGGGCCCAGCGCAGUGAGGUGGAGACACUCAACAUCACAGGGCCUGUCGGGGACAAAAGAGGCCUUCUUCCCUCAGGAGUCAUUGAGGGGCUGCUUGGCAUCAUGGGUCUCACCACUGUAGCCCUGUUAUUUUGCUGCUGCUGGCUCAAGAAAAGAAAAGAAAGACGUCCAGUCAUACAGCCACGCAGGAGCCCUUCCAACACUGUACCACAAGAAAUCACCUACCUCAACUCACCUGUCCCAGAGCAAAGACACCCUGUAUACCAAAAUGUGAAUGUUGUGAGUGGGGAUGAGGUGUACUCACUGGUAUACCAUAUGCAGCAGGCGUGUCCAUCAACAGCAGCGGAACCCCCAACGACUCAUAAUGGAUAUAAGGACUCAGCCGUUUAUUCUAGGUUGAAGAAGCCAAACUUUACAGACGUGGACAUUACAGACGUGGACUAUGAAGAUGCUAUGUAG